GAUACCUGCUGGAUAGGUAGGAAGCGCUGGCCCGUGGGCCUUCCAAAAGAAACCAUCACAGUGACGUCUCAUUAUCAUCAUCUAUCGGGUAGGCAGUUGCUUUUGAGUUGUUCGCCUCUAAUGUCCAACGACCCUCACCUUUGACGUCCACAAUAAUGCAUCUUUGAUGAUUGCAGGCAGGAGAUUUUUGUUUAUCACAGCGCAUGUGAGAUUUACCGUGUCAGCCCGUCUCAUACCUCGCUUCAGCAUGGAUUCACGUCCCGUCAAACGUGUCAAGUUGGACUCGGAUAGCAAUACCUCGAAUGGCCUCCCAGGGAACUCGGACGCUGCGUCCAUCAGAGCGAAACGAACUGCCUUCCUGAAUUCCAUCUCACGAUCAGUCUCGCCACCUGGAAUUUCACGCUCAGGCACGAACACACCGACACCGAAGAUCGACGCACUUCCAAGCCGACAAGACGAGGCGAUAACUAGGGUGUCGCCAGCGCAGAAUGAUCAGAGCGAAUCGGUGAUAAGGGCUGGCAGAGCCCGACCGGAGUUGCCUACACAGUCCCAUGACAGCACCAGUUCCAAGCCAGCAUCUCGAGUCAAAUGUAUCCCUUCUCCGUUCAAGCUCACUUCCAUCCGCGACUUACCUUCCUCGCAAAAUAAUGACACCGUCUCUUUACACGAUAUACUAGGCAAUCCGCUGAUCAAAGAGGCAUGGAUAUUCAACUUCUGCUUCGACGUCGAUUGGCUCAUGACAUUCUUCGACCCCGACGUGCGGUCUCAGGUCAAGGUCAAGGUUGUACAUGGCUCAUGGAAGAGGGACAGUGAGAACAGAAUUGCGAUCGAAAACGCUUGUACAAGAUGGCCCAAUGUCGAAUCAUUGACCGCUUACCUUCCCGAUCCUUUCGGCACUCAUCACAGUAAGAUGUUCGUCCUGUUUACUCACGACGAUUCGGCUCAAGUCGUCAUUCAUACGGCCAACAUGUUACAUCAAGACUGGACGAACAUGACACAAGCAGCCUGGCAGUCUCCCUUCCUGCCUAAGCUCAAAGACAAAUUGCAAACAAGCAUUGGCAAUAUUGGAUCUGGCUCCCGCUUCAAGUAUGAUCUUCUAGCAUAUCUAGAAGCGUACGGCUCGAAAACGAGAGCUGUGAGGGAGCAGCUGUCGGACUUCGACUUCACAUCUGUACGGGGCGCGCUUGUCGCCUCGGUUCCGUCUCGCAUGAAUGACUUCUCAAUCGCUAAAGGUGUUGAUGAGCUGUCGAGUCAAAAGCUUUGGGGCUAUCCGAGUCUCUUCCGCGCCCUGAAAGCCAUAAGCGCUCAGCAAGCGGAACAUCCUAAACGAUCUCACGUCGUCUGCCAGGUGUCUUCCAUCGCCACUCUGCCCAUGACUUGGCUUGACCAAUUUUUCCCGACAUUGUCGCAGAAACCGAGCGCUCAAAUGUGGAACAGCAUCUCCAUCAUCUACCCUACUCCCAGCAACGUUGCGACCUCCCUCGAUGGCUACUCCUCCGGCGGAUCUAUCCACACCAAGGCACAGAGCGCAGCGCAUCUCAAGCAAGUGACCACUUUGCGAAGAACACUGUGUAAAUGGACGCAAGGACCGAAAGAGGAAUGCCGUGCGGGUCGGCAUCAAGCAGCGCCGCAUAUCAAGACAUACGUCAGCUUCGCUGAAAAACCGACUGCGAAUCUACGUCCGGACGUCAAUUGGGCACUGCUGACCAGUGCCAACCUGUCUACGCAAGCGUGGGGCACCUUGCGCGGAAAGGAAAAGGAGGUAGUCGUCCAGAGUUUCGAAAUCGGCGUGCUCGUCUGGCCUGAACUAUUCGCUGAGGACUUCGAUACUAGUGAGCAAGAGGAUAAUAGCUCAAGGGAUACGAAAAGUGGGGACAAAGUACGAAUGGUGCCAGUCUUUGGCAGUGACACGCCACAUGCCGUUGAGGACAGCAACCAUACGAGCACGCUGGUUGGGCUGAGGCUGCCAUAUGACUUACCGUUGACACCGUACGCGAACGGCGAUAUGCCUUGGUCACCUCAAGGGACUUAUGAUACGCCAGAUAGACAUGGGCGACGUUGGGCGAGAGACUUUCGUGGCUGAGAGUGGCAAUGUCUGUGCCGAGGCAAGUACAGCGACAGUCGAGCAUGUUAUAAGGAGGCAUCGAGGAGAAAGUGAAAUUGAUAGCCUGUCGCAGCAGGGCAUAGGAGGACGUGCCCGGACGAACGGCCAGCAAUUGCCGAAGGCUUCAACAUCAUUCUCAGAGAAUUACUGGGCGGCCUGGGCCUGAGAGCGUGUUGCAGUGGCAGCCACAAAGCAUGACAGC